AUGCAGUUGGCAGACGCAAUAAACAUACACCUGCAGGGUGCCCGAGAAUGGAUACAAGAAUCCCUUGUCCUAUAUACCAGCAGCUCUUUGUUCACUCGCAAGAAUAUAGCGGUGGCUGCCAUUUCAUCAGGUGUUGGCUAUGCUGUUGUAAAGUGCAUUAUCUAUAGGCUUUAUUUUCAUCCCUUGGUCAACAUCCCUGGGCCACCAAUUGAUUGGAUACCGUUUCUUGGGAAUCUUCGGGAGAGUUAUCUAGCAGAGCCCGGUGUCCUGGAGAAGAAAUGGACCAAAAAAUACGGUGGCGUUGUCCGCCUACAUGGAUCUUGGAAUAACCCCAUGAUCAUGGUGAGCGACCCACAGCUUCUCAAGCACAUCUAUACACAUCGAGUAUACGACUUUGUAAAGCAUCCUGGGGAUGUUCUUAUUCUCGAGGCCGUUUUAGGUCGUGGUCUUUUGUUGGCUGAGGGAGACCUCCAUCGACAUCAACGCAAGUGGCUCACGCCAGCUUUUACAGCCCAAGCAGUACGAGAGCUUUCGCCAUUGUUUUACGUGCCAUCAGUACAGCUUAUUACCAAGUGGCGCCAAGCAUGCCAAGAAGGAAACACUACAACCCUUGAUAUUUCUCACGGGAUCACAUUGGUGACACUGGAUGUGAUAGGGCUUGGUGCGUUUGGUAAACCAUUCAACUCUGUGAAGUAUGAUGGCACAGACAUGGAAAAUGAAUUAAGUACAUCCUACCGCAUCUUGUUCGACCCCAAUCCCUCCCUUACUCAAUUUCUCAGCAUCUUGAUUCCAUCAUUACGUUUCCUUCCUACGGCUCAGCAUCGUAGAUUUGCAAGGGCUGAACGCACGGUCACGAAAAAGACAAUGGAAAUUGUUACACAAGCCAUGGCAAACAAGGAGGGGCAUUCCCGUAAGAACAACCUUUUGGGGCUCAUGAUCGAACAAAAAGACAUGUACACUGGCGGUGAAUUAUCAGCUGUGGAUCUAAAGAAUCAAUGCAUGACCUUUUUGGCUGCUGGCCACGAGACAACCUCAUCAGCACUUUCAUGGUGCCUUUGGCUGCUAGCUCAACACCAAGAUAUUCAAGAUGCAUUACGUGAGGAGGUGAAACCUAUUUUUGAAUCCAUUAACUUGGAGCAUGCGAUGUUCAAAAACGAUGAUACACCUGAGCAACUCGAUGCAAACCUACCUGCAGCUGAUAUUGUCAACCAAUUGCCCUUGCUCAACAACGUGUUCAAGGAGACACUACGUUUGACACCCACUGUGCCCAAUACAAUGCGCUAUACGGCUAAGGAUAUCGAGUUGGGUGGAUACCAUAUACCCAAAAACACGGGUGUGAUGUUACCAAUCAUUGUCAACUUGCACGAUCCUGAAAUCUGGGGCGACGACGUAGAGCAAUUUAAACCAGAGCGAUGGGAUUCACUACCCGCUUCCAAUGUCUCGCCUUAUGAAUUUGCACCAUUCAUUGCAGGAGCUCGUCAAUGUAUUGGCCACCGCUUUGCACAAUUGGAAUUUAAGAUUGUACUCGGUUUACUAUUGACACAUUUCCAAUUCUUUGAGGAACCUGGAUACCGCCCAAGCAAACGACAAUUCAUUACAAUGCGCCCUAACCCCAAUCUCCUCCUUCGUGUUAAGCCAAUCCAAAUGCAAAAAUAG